AUGUCAAUCUAUUGGGUUUUUUUUGAAGAAUGGACUAUUUGGAUUGAUUUUACCAUGACUUGGGUUGAAUUUAAUUUUUUUAUUUAUUAUUGGGAUCGUUUAACAAUUACUCGUGUUUAUCUUUCAUUGAUUUAUAUCUAUGGUUUUGUUUUGCUUACAAUUAUUGCAUUACAAAUACAUGAUUAUCGUCAUCGAAAUAUAUUUCUUAGGGAAUAUGUUCCCUAUGCAUUAUUUACCUUAGGUAUCAUAACAAUUCUUGGUGGUUUAGCUUGGUUUGCUGUAACAAUGAUAAAUAUGAAUGCUGGAUUUUUAACAAAAGAAACAUUUUUACUUGAAAGACUUCGUUUUAAAGGCAAUGCAUUUAAAGAAUUAAAAUAUCGCGAAGAAUCAUUUCGUUUGGUAACACAAGGUCUUGUACCACCACGUGUUUUUAUUUUAACUGCUUUUGUUAAUCAACGUCAAAGAGAUUUUAAUUGUUGUGGUUGGAAUUCUUAUCUUGAUUAUGCAGCUUCAUAUAAAACAGAUUUACCUGAAUCAUGGUGUCAUAAAGUUUGGAAUUUUUUUUUGGUCUUCCUCAAUUAA